UUUCCAAAUCAUAUCUGACUGCAUGUAGAAUAACUAUGAGACCUCACCUCAGUUCCCUUAAAUGGAGUUUGUCAGUAAAUCAUGUGCGUAAGCAGCAACAUUCUUCAGCCAAUGUUAACCGAUUCGUCUACUUGACGCAAGGUCCUACCAGCUGUGCACGCACGGAGCAGCUCGAGCUUCUUUCACCAUCGAGUAUGAGCAUCCUCAUCAUCGGACAGGAUUUAAGUGCGCGUUCUAAAACUCUUUGGAAUGUUUUUAUUGCAUUUGGAUUCAUAUGAUUUUAAAUGUAAUACAGAUUUUUUUUAAACCACAUCCAACCAAAUAGCCGAUUCACUUCUACCCCAGUCUUUAACUCUGAGAAAACCUUUUAAGUCUAAAGAUGUCACUGAUGUUUGGGAAAGCAAGGAGUUGUAACUUCUCUGCUAUCCCUGAGGGGGGACAACCUGAGGUCAAUGUGGUCAUCCUUGGAGUGAAGGGCUCAGGAAAAUCAGCGUUGACUGUCAAAUUUCUCACCAAGCGCUUCAUCAGUGAAUAUGACCCCAAUCUAGAGGAUACUUACUCUUCUGAGGACAUGGUGGACCAACAGCCUGUCGUUGUGAAAGUUAUGGACACAGCUGACCAGGACGGCCCAGUGAACUGUGAGCGCUACCUCUCGUGGGCCAGUGCCUUCCUUGUGGUCUACAGCAUAGACAAUAGACGGAGCUUUGAGGGCUGCCAACAGUACCUGGAGGCCGUCAGCGUCCACACCAAGGCCCUGCAGCCCAAGACCCCCAUUAUACUGCUGGGCAACAAGCUGGACAUGGAGAGAUACAGGCAGGUGAGUAAGUCGGACGGCUCGGCCCUCGCCACCCGUUUCGGCUGCCUGUUCUUCGAGGUGUCUGCUUGCCUAGACUUCCUGUCUGUCCAGCGGGUCUUCCAUGAAGCCGUGAGGGAGGCCAGGCAGCUGGGCGGCAAAAGGAGCCCCCCGUUACGUCCCCUUUACAUCAGUGAGGACAACAAGCCAUUGUUCAGCCUCGCCACCGUGCCCCCGUUCACCACCCCCUGCUACAAAGAGCUCCCAGUGCCCGCCACCGCCAAGCUGGUGACGGUCAAGUCAUCACGGGCACAGAGCAAACGGCGGGCACCCACGCUGACGCUGCUCAAGGGCUUCAAGAUCUUCUGAUGAGUCGAUGGAGAAUGAGACCAGACUUAAAGAAUGGAAAUUUGAGACUUGUCUCAAACUUGUGCUCAAAGACUUGAGACUUAUGCCCAAACCUUGAGACUUAACUUGGACUUGUACCAGAGACUGAGACUUAACUUGGACUUGUGCUCAGAGUUUUGAGACUUGACUGAGUGUCUCAGGCUCGAAGACUUGACUCAACCUGGACUUUCCUAAAGUGACUUAUUGACAAGUCUGCCAUAGUGGCUUACAAUAUGGACAAGUGAGAGAACUGUGAAAUAGGUUAUGAGAGACAAUGGACUGUGUCAAAUGUGAAAAACAGAACAAAAUGGAGACAGAAUAACAUACAACCAAGCCAUCAACAUACUGUAUGCAGCAGAAGCUGUCAUGGUGAUAUCACCAUCACUUCGUUGGAGCGUGUACCAAAACGUCAUGAUGACUUACUGCACCUUCAAGUGAAGAGAUGGAACAGUAAUUAUCAGAGCUCCUUGAGAGAUGGACAGUAAUGGACUGGUGUUUAAACUGUCAUUGUGAAUGUUGAAUUUAUAUUGCCAAAGUUUUCAAAGUUUGUCUUGAAGUCAGUUACUGGGACAAAGUUAUGUUAGUUGCCAAAUGUAUUGUGGUGAUUGGAGUGCAUAUGACGGUGAUGGUAUGUUCACUGUAGUAUAGAUUGCUGACACUAUGCACAUGUAUUUUUAUAUGCAUUUUAAUAAGCUAUAAAGGAAAACUCAUUUUAUCGAAUGAA